CUCAUUAAUUGCGCUUUACUUGCGUGUCUAUAUAUAGGGAAAGUUACAUCACUCCCCCUUCUCUUCAGACUCGAGAACUUCAUGGCGGGAAGCGAUUCACAGAAGCAACUCCUAACUUUGAUUCGCGACUUCACCACAGAGAAAUCUCAUGGAGAGAGAAGGAUUGUGAAUCAGAAGAAACGGAUUGAAGAACUAAGAUCUGAGCUGGAUGCAGCAAAUGCAGAGCUGGAGGAGGUGAAGCGUGACAGAGAGACCACGGAACAACAGCUCAAAGGCUAUGAAGUUGAAUUAUCCAUGACCGAUGCCUCACUUCAAGCGUUAGAGGCGAGGAUCGCUCUCACUAACUCUGAUGUUUCAGCACUUGGUGCUAAAUUGGCGGAACUCAAGAAUGAAGAGAACUCCGUGCGAGAUGGAUUUAUUGGACAAAUGCUUGAGCUAAAUGCAGAGAUAAGGAAAUUUCAAGAGCUAAUAGCCUCCUCUUCAAAUGUUGAUAAAAUUUCUCAGGCGACUCUAACCGAAGCAGGAUCCUUAAACACAGACAAGCAAGGUGGCGAACAAGCCAGAUUGGUUCUUAAGAAUGAACUUGCUCAAAUGAUCUUGCAUAGUGACCAGGAGGAACAACAGUACAAAGCUGAAAAAGAGAUUCACAGCAUGGUUCAAGAAGAGCUUAAUAAUUUGAAAAGGAAAACAAUGCUUCUGGAGUCGGUUAUGAAAGAAAGCAUGGAAUUGCAGGAUUUGAGGAGAUAUCCUUUAAGUUUUGUCUGUUGUUUUUCAACAUGUUGAUCGUUGAAUUGGAAAACAGAACCCGCCCCUCAGGCCUAUAUCCUGCAUUAGUUGAAGCCUUUUGAGACAUUAUCAGGUUCAACUUAUUGGGUGAGUGGUUUCAACCAACUCAGCCUUGAUCUAGUUAAGUUUGGAAAUUCUUACAGACGAAAGAAAAGGUUAGCCUCUUAGCUUCUAGAAAUACAAAAGAGAAAUUGAUGCAUAAUUUGUAGAUUGUGAUUUUAAGCCUCUUCGCUUCUAGAAAUACAACACAGAAGUUUGAUGCAUAAUUAGUAGUUUGUAAUUUUACGUCGCUGAUAUUGUGUUUAAGAUAGUGUAUAUGAGGUUGUUGCUGCCUUUGUAGUUUAUUAAAUUGAUUCCUAAGGUGUAUAAAACUGUACAUAGUCUGUCUUACCCAAGCACUUUUGCAUUGUAGUCCAAUUUUCUGGAUUGUAGUUCUAUCUGAAACACCAUUUAGUCAACACUCAUAAGAAAGAUCUAAUUCCUUUUUAUUUUCAGAGAUUACAUUGCCUGUUAUAAUUAUUCACUGAUAACUUUGAUAAUCAACUCAUCAUAAUUAUACUGCUGGGCAAUUUUGCACGAGGAUGGAACACCCUCCAUUUACCAUAAUUUGCCUUGACCGGAAACAAGCAGACUUCAGAACUGGAAGAAAAGUGUGCUGCUUUUGGUGACGAGCUACAAAAGAGAUUUUUAUGCCCACGCUGUAAUCAAGAUAAUUCAGCGGAACUUGGUGAAACUAUUCAGCCAAGUGAUGGAAGCUAACUCUUGUAAGUAGUUAAAUUUCAAACUUCUCAAACUUAGUUUUCUUAAUAUACUCCAAUAAUGCAAAUUCAAAGAGGCAAAUCACAUCCAUAAGGGCACAGACACCUGUAAUCAUAUGAUCUAUAUUGCAAUAGUCAAUAUACUUGCAUCA